AUGGCUACAUAUCUAUACAACUGCAUUUGGGGCUCCAACGAAGCUCCGACAAAAGAGGCCCCCGAACCAUGCCGUCACCAGCCUAGCACACACUUGCCAUGUCAGUCGUGCAAAGCCGACGAGGCAAUGGCUACAAAGUACAGGUGGAAGAUCGUCCUGGGGCUCGUGGCUCCGUUCACGCUACAGGCCCUGGACGCAACCAUAAUUGCGAGCGCCCUCCCCUGGAUCGCUAGGGACUUUUCCCAGCUCUCGCAGCAAAACUGGAUUGUGUCCUCCUUCACAAUCACCUCUGCCGCCUUCAUUCCCUUCUGGGCCCAAAUAGCAGACGUGUUCGGCCGGUACCUGUCCAUCAUCGCUGCCGUGCUCACCAUGAUGCUCGGCAGCGCUCUAUGCGCCGCCGCACCCACCUCCGCGUACCCUAUGCUCCUUCUCGGUCGAGCGUUCCAGGGCAUAGCCGCUUCUGGUCUCAACGUGGUUGUGCGAACCAUCCUCGCAGACAGGGUCACACUCAAGGAAAGCGCCAGGAACUGGGCCCUAUUCGCCAUAAUAGGAGGCGUGUCCUACGGCAUCGGCCCUGUGGUCGGCGGGUACCUCUCCAGCGCUGAUUGGCGAUGGUGCUUUGGUAUUGAUCUCCCCGUGGGGGCUCUCGGUCUCGCGGCGAUAUUCUUCGUGCUGAGGAAGGAGCUCCUUGGUCCACAGCCCAUAACCGAGCUGAACGAAACUGCUGAGACGGGGGUGAGAAGGAAACUGGUUGCGAGACUGAAAACGAUUGAUGUUGGUGGACAGAUUUUGUUUAUGCUGGGAUUUGGGCUCCUCGUUUUGGCGUUGACGUGGGGUGGUGUGACGUAUGCUUGGGAUUCAGCUGCCGUCAUUUCGUCGCUGGUGCUGGGGUGCCUCUUUGUGGUCUUGUUUUUCGUCUGGGAGAGCAUGCUUACUCCGGGCAGGAUGUUGAAUCGCCUGUGGCCGAGCCAAAGGGCAAUGAUACCUUGGGGCAUGUUGACCAAUCGAGAUGUCGGGCUCAUCUUUUAUACUGAGGUUGCGACGGGCAUGGCCUUGUUUUCGGUGCUGUUCUUUGGCAACAUUUACUUUAUUGCGGUACAGGGAUACUCUGCCGACAAGGCCGGCCUACAACUCCUCUACUUCGUCCCAGGGAUGGGUGUAGGUGUCUACCUCUGCUCCUUUGCCUGCAACACCUAUCCCCGGAUGACCUUUCCAACACUCUUCUUUGGCACCCUCACCGAAGCCGUCGGCUUAAGCAUCCUCGUCUGGGCAAUGUACAUUCAACAUUUGCCAACAGUAUUCGGUAUGAUGAUCAUGGUAGGCAUCGGCGUAGGGCUACGGUUCAUGGUGGCGCCGCUCCACGGGAUCGCCAUCUUCAAGAACCAUCGCGCUGCCCUUAUUGGAUUGAUGGCAAUUGCUACACCGCUUGGCGGCACGGUUUGUUUAACCAUCAUGUCGACAGUAUUCAAUAACACGUCCGGACUGGAUUAUAAGCACGGGGACUUUUCAGAGUCGCAGAAUGGGACCGGGCCGGCGGCCGAGAAGGCGAUUCAAGACGCCAAGAUGGGUGUGGUCUGGGCCUUUGUUGCUAUUGUGCCGUUCAUGGCCUUGUCUUUUCUCUCUUGCUUCCUCAUUGGCAAUGUCAAGCUGGGUGAUAGAUCCGCGGUGGACGACGACGAGGGUAAUUUGAAUGUUAUUUUCACGAAGCCUUAUUUCUGGACUUGGCUCAGGGGGGAGGGGGCUGAGGCUGAACAAGAGGCCAUUCGGUUGCAAAGCGGGAAUGAGUCGGCCAAGACUAGCAGAGCGUCCGUGGUACAGAGCCUCGCCGCAUGA